AUGGCAAACAAUUUAGAUUCAGUUUGUAAAAAGAAGUCUACAUGUUUUCUACAAAUCCCUUUGAAGUCAACUGAACAAAUUUAUUUAAUCUUUUUAAUUCCAACAUUGAUUAUCAGUAUAAUAUAUAUAAUUCAUUUUUCUGCUGAUUUAGUAGUUGCUAUACAACAUUUCAAAGAAAAUAAUAUUGUUUGGGGUUGUUGUACUAUUAGUUUCAUGUAUGCACCUGCAAUUAUGUAUUUUAUAUUAACUAUUUCAAGACCAGAUUGGUGGAUGUCAAAUGAUGAUAAAUUAACAAAAGGUUUUUUUUGUUGGUCUUGUCUUCAAUUUUGUCAACUGGUGGGCUUUGUUUUUUUUUCUCUUUAUAGAUUUGCUGGUCUCAUAGUAUUAUGUAUUGAAGCUAUAAUAUUAACUGGGAAAGAGAGAACAAAGACUUUAAACAUAGCAGCUGCUCCUGCAGCUAUAGAAUUAUAUUUUUUUUUACAAGCAUGGUUUCAAGCAGCUCCACAAGCUAUUUUUCAAGCACAUUUACUUUUUCGUCAAUCAUCAUUUCAGCAAAGUCAUCAAUCUGCAGUUGUAAAGGUGCUUUCUAUUACUAUGUCAAUUGUGAUACUUGCUAUUCAAACUACCUCUUUUCAAAGAUUUGAGAGUCAACGUAUUAAUGGAAGGAAAUUACCAUGGGCAAUGUGGUUCAAAAAAUAUUGUGUUCAGGAACUUCAUGAUUUUGAAGUAAGAACUCCUUUAAAGCUGCCUAAUAUAAAUAGCAUUAAUGCCACAGAGGAUGCUCUAGAACAAAAAGAAUCUAUAAAAGAUCAUGAAGAAGAUAAGGAACAAUGUGACAACUCGCACAUUUCUUUAGAUCGUCAAGUAUCUGUAACACCUCCUUUACCACCUAAAAAUGCACAUAUUACCCCACCUCCAACUCCUUUGCGUGGGAUUACUACAGUUACACCUUUGCCUAUACCCGAUAUACCAGCUCCACCAAGACCAGACUCUAUUUGUAGAGUUCCAGAAACUUCAGAAUCUGAGAAAUUAUUUGCUAAAUCAGUAUCUAUUGCAGAAGUACAGAAAAACACCAAGACCAUACAAAAUUUAAAAAUUCCACAACGAAGAUAUUCAACAAAAGGUUUAGAAGAAGAUGAUCCUAUGGGAAAAUUUUUGAGUUUCUUAUGGUGGUUCUUUUUCAUUUUAGCACGUAUACUUACUAUUGCAGUAGUCUAUGAGUUUUAUCCUAUUUACUUAUCCAUUGUGCUUAGUAUACAUUAUGGUAUUAUGUUAAUAUACCUUUUUUAUUAUACAAGAUAUUAUGAUAUUAUUGCUUUUUUUCUUAAUUUAUGGCUAGGAUUAGUAUAUAUUGUUAGUUUAAUUGAAUAUAGAAUUAAAUUUAAAUAUGCAGAUAAAUGGAUAUUACCGUAUUAUAUUUUUGUACUAAUACAAAAUACAUUUUUAACAUUAUCUUGGUACUUUUAUACAGAUUGGGAUGGAUUUUGGUAUACUUAUGUAUUUUAUGUAAUUUUUGGAAGUAUGAUGCUAUGUAUUUUAUCAACUAUAAUUUAUUGUGCUUUACUUAAACCAAAAAAAUGUAGGAUAUACACCAGCUGA